AUGAAUCCCGAAUACUCUGAAGAAUUCGAGCAAAAGUCCCUUCCCUUCAAACUAAUCGAACACUGGGACGCCGAAGAAAUAAUCUAUGGCAAGAAACGACUCGUAGCCUUGGUUAAUGGCGAUGUAACCCCCCACAACGCAGCUAUUGAAUUCAACACAGCCGUCGUACAAAAGGCUCACCGGAAACUCCAAGAAUUGUUAAAACGCCCUGACCCUCGAAACCCCACCCCCGAGGAAGAGGAACAGGGCAUUCCGAGCAUGCGCGCGAUCGCACCGAAUCCAAGUGGUGACCUUGAACUCUUUAUCCAGUGGAUUGCGCGAGUGUGCUCUGCUUGCCCGCCAUACCAUCCGGGUCAGGAGCGGAUUAUUGAGUUUCUGGUAGUGCUGAGGAACUUGCCGAGGCGGGAGGUGCCGGAUGGGGUUCCGCCAGAGGGUUCGGAUGAGCCCUACCCUACGAUUACGUUGUGGGCGUUUGAGAGUUUGGGGUGGUUAGCGGAGAUCUUCCGUGUUGAGGAGUCAGCAUGCCAACCUCCCCUCCGCUGGCGCAACUGGCAAAGUAGCAUCGCCCGCCUAACAACACUCAACCUAAUCAACUGUGACUUCCUCUGCUCCCUCGAACGCCUUCUCCCCUGGAGCCGCGAAUACCCAGACCUGGAGGAACGUCCCUUCGACGGACCAAACAAAAUGGGGAACUACCUCAUCGGCGCAGCGCAGUGGAUUAUAUAUCCGGAUGAGGGGCGGUAUGUCUACGAACAGUGUAAGAAGGUUGGAGAAAAGGUCCCUGGGUUGAGUCCGCGGGAGAUGUGGAGUAUGGAAAGGUGGAGGGAGUGGAAGAAGCAGUUUGGGUUUGUUGCUGGGGAUGAGAGGUUUCAGGGGAAGUAUCGGGAGAUGGCGAGGUUGGCUAACGAGAAGAUGGUGGAAUAUGAGGGUUGUUAG